AUGGCGCGUUUCACGCCCCGCCAAAUCAUAACAACCCUAAGCGUCUUCUACCUCCUCCUCCUCACCAUCCUCGCCGGCUACGCGCUCCACCGCAACAACACCCUCUCCCUCCCCAUCCCCAACGUCCAAGCAGCUCUGACCCUCGCCCUCCCACCUUUGGCCGGAAUCGUCCUCGAAACUCUCAUAUCCUUCCAAUCCUCCCUCGCCCUCAAAACCGAUCUCCUCCCCGCCUCCACCACCUCCAAAAAUCUUCCCUACACCAAAACCUUCCAAACCCUCACCGCCCUCUUCCUCAUCUACGAAACCGUCCUCGCCACUUUAUCCGGAACCCAUAUCGCCCCCAUCGGAGGCCUCUGGUGUCCGCUUCAUGAUCGCUGGCAAAGUUUGUAUAAGAACAAAGAUGGAAGGCAUAUUCGAGCGAUUCAAGAUGCGUUGGAAUGUUGUGGGUUCGCGAGUAUGAAGGAUAUGGCGUGGCCGUUUCCUGGGCAAGGAAGAAAUGGAGGCGGGGGAGCAGAGAUGUGUAGUGUGAGAUUUGAGGAGAGGACGAGGGCUUGUUUGGAGCCUUGGAGAAGUGAGGAGAGGAAAGUGGCUGUUAUGUUGUUGGUUGUGCCUGUGGGGGUGUUUUUGUGGAAGCUUGCUCUGUUCUUUGCUGCUGCUUCGGAGUCGACAUGGUUGCCUUCUGGAAUUCGAUUACCGAGUGAGAAUUCGAGAGGCUCGAAUCUUCCGCGACCUGCGAUUAUGUAUCGGGAUAUCGAACAGCAGGGUGACGAUGAUAGCCUGCGGGAGGAAGUAAGCAGGUUGAACAAAGAUUCGACCCUCGCGACGCAUGUUGAGAAUGGACGAAGAGGUCCGCGGGUUGUCGCUUCGCCAUUGAUACAGGAGCAAGAGAACGGUUGGAGGAGUGACUGA